AUGUCAACAAACGCCGACUCCUCAACCCCCGCCAGCAUGGGUAAACCCCCACUCAGACCCAUCCAUCCCGACUACCACCUCCGCGACGGCUGCCCCAGCGUGCCAGACUACGUCAGACUCCGCAGCACCCCAAACCUAACGCCCAAGACGGCUGAGCAGGCCACCCUCGCCAUCGCCGGCAGCUGGUUCGGCUGCUACGUCGUGCACACCGCGACAAACACCCCCGUCGGCAUGGGCCGCAUCAUCGGGGACGGCGGCUGGUGUUUCCACAUCGUGGACAUAGCGGUGGCGACGGAGCACCAGCGCAAGGGGCUAGGCGAUGCCAUUAUGGCGAGGCUGAUCGAGCGCAUUAGAGAGUUCGCAGCGCCGGGGGCGAGUGGAUGGCAGUUUUGCUAUGACCUAUGGUUGGGGCGGUUGUGA